AUGUCAGAAAUCGUCAACAACCUCCUCGCCAAGCUCACCGACCUUCUGGGCGACGAGUGCCAGAAGCUCAAAGGGGUGGAGCAUCAUGUGCGGUUCCUCGAGGAGGAGCUCAGCACCAUGAAAGCCUUCCUGGAGGAGCUGGGGCUGAGGGAUGAACUAGAUCCCUUGACCAAGGACUGGCGGGACCAUGUCAGGGACAUGGCUUACGACAUGGAAGAUUGCCUCGAUGACUUCCUUCUCAAUCUUGGAAGUGCCAGUGAAAACGCUGGUUUUAUCGAGCGGACCACUCAACUUGUCAAGACCCUGUGGGCGCGUCACCAGUUUACUAGCCAGAUUCAGGAGCUCAAGGAUCGUGCCAUAGAGGCGAAUCAUCGACGCAAAAGGUACAAGCUUGAUGAUAGCAGUAGCUCUAGCUCUACCCUUGUGCUCGUCGAUCCUCGGGUGUCGGCACUCUACAGAGAGGCGGCCUCCCUUGUGGGUAUUGAUGGUCCAAGGGAAGAGCUUGUCAGUUGGCUAGCAGAUAGAGAGGAAAAACUCAAGGUGGUGUCGGUUGUGGGAUUCGGAGGUCUUGGUAAAACUACACUUGCCAAACAGGUGUAUGAUAAGAUCGGCGAACAAUUCAACUGUAAGGCAUUUGUGUCGGUUUCCCAAAGACCCGACAUGGCAGCGCUCUUGAUUGGGCUACAAUCUAAGCUUGGGGGAAACACUUGUGGCACUCACGAGGUGCAAGAUAUCGUCAGUGAGCUUCAAGAGUAUCUCAGAGACAAGAGGUACUUAUUUAUUUAUCUUGGUAUGCAUCCAGAGGUCCACGAGAUCAUGAGGGAUGAUCUCGUUCGACAAUGGAUAGCCGAAAGCAUUGUGCGUGGUUUACCUGGGCAAGAUUUGGAGGAUGUUGGAAGGAGUUAUUUCAAUGAGCUUAUCAAUAGAAGCUUGAUUCAGCCUCAUUGGACAGUUGCUGGGGAUGUGCUUUCUUGCAGAGUGCAUGAUAUGAUUCGUGAUGUUAUUAUCAGCAAAUGUGAAGAAGAAAAUUUCAUGAGUGUGGUAUAUAGUUUUGAAGACAUGGAAAGGCUGCAUAAAUCCAAGCUCAAGGUUCGCCGUUUGUUCCUGAGCUCGAGUUCUAAUUAUGCAACAGAUGGUGCAAUAUCAAGGACCACUGCUGCUAGUCUGUCAAAGGUUAGAUCGAUUGUAUCAUUCGGAGAGUCCAAGUGUUUGUUACCUAGAUAUCUCCGGGUGCUGUUCGUUGAAAACAGUAGGAUCACAGUCGAUCUCAGUGAUAUCAACCGAUUGUUUCAUCUGCGGUAUUUGAAGGUUACAGCACGAGACAUAAAGCUUCCGUCUGAAUUGAAAAGGCUAGUGCAUUUGGAGACACUGGAACUGGAUGGUGGUUCGAUUCCAUCAGAUGUAGUUCAGUUGCCCCGUUUAUUCCAUCUGACUGCUUGGGGUCACAGGCUGCCUGAAGGGAUCGAGAACUUGAAAUUAUUGCGAACUCUGAAAGGGUUUGAGUUGACACAUUGCUCGUGGGAGGAUAUCGAAGGCCUAGGCAAGCUAUCCAAUUUGCGGGAGCUCUGUAUCAUCAUUAAAAAUGAAAUAAUUGAUGAUGAUCUGGUCUCCUCCAUUGAAAAGCUUCGUAACCUGAGACAUCUCAGGUUUCGUGUGCCGGAGUUUGUUGACAGUGACAGUCUGUUAUCAUUAUCUAAUGCACCCCUCUAUAUCGAGACACUUCGAAUGUGCGAUAUCGUGACCUUCAGAAUUCCAAGGUGGAUUGGUGAUCUCCAUUAUCUCCGUCGUCUGGAGCUGGCUGUUAGGGAGACAUCGACUGAUGACAUUCGUCUUCUUGGAGAGCUGCGCUCCCUAGUGGAGCUCGAUUUCACUUUGUUGAAUUUCGCUGCAAAUGGAGUUAUCAUAAUCCUUACAGGAUUAUUUCCAGCUCUGGAGUACUUUGAGUCAAAAUUAUAUGAGGAACCAGAUUAUCAGUUAAACUCUGCGGAAGACGAUGUUAUGGCACACCUGCACUUUGAGGUCGGGGCAAUGCCCAAGCUACAAAGGCUCGAGCUGCAUUCAUGGGAGGUGCACUGGGGCGGCACUACCCCAGUCGGCAUGGAGGACCUGUUAGCUCUCCAGCAAAUUGUGGUAUCAUUCGUCUACAGCAGUGACGUGAAUGAAGUGAAGCGUCGUGCCGAGUCUGCGUUCAGGGACUCCUUGCAAGCGCACCCAAACCGUCCUUCUGUUCGCAUCUUUUAG